UACAGGCGUAGUGAAAUAAUCAACAUGUUUGUAUUGUCAUUAUCAGUAGUUCUGCUAACAGGAGCAGUUUAUGCAGAAGUGGAGACUGCAAAUCCGCCGCAUUGCACUAAUGUGACCAAAGGUACGGACUACGUGUAUCAUUACCGUUUCGACUACCCCGUGGCGUAUAUUCAUCCAGGCGUUAAAGAAGUUUAUCAACCUCUAUACUGCACAAAUCCGCCAGCAGUGGCCGUGGCAUCCACUAUAGUAUGCGACUGGGCUGCUCCUCCGCAAGUACAGUUCACCUUGGGCGAUGAUUAUAUGCACGUGGUGCGCCAGGACCCGACGGGCAAGUUCGCAGGCAAUGCCGUGAUCUGGACCUACCAGCUGUGCAGCCACAACCAUCUGCUGCCUGAACCCUAUACCUCUAAGAAGCUGAAUAUUACGAGGGUUUGA